AUGAAAAAAUCAAAUGAAACUUCGUAUCCAAACACUCCUCCAUAUUUAGUUCAUCUCAGAGAAGAUGUAUUUCAAGGAAUUGGUUAUUGUUUUAGGAAAAAAUCUCAAUAUUAUUUCUAA